ACAACAGAUAUAAGUUGCGAUGGGAGAGGAGCGUCGGAUUUGGUGUGUAUCCCCCAUUUCCAAUUAUAGAUGGAUCAUUACAGACAGCGGAGUCCUGAGAAGCCAGACAUCUGCUUCUCACAUGAAUGCACUCACCUCCUAGAGACCCGGCUGCCAUCAUGCUUUGGAAGCUCGUGGAGAAUGUCAAGUACGAAGAUAUCUAUGAGAUGUUAGUCCACACCUAUUCAUCCAUGGACCGGCACGAUGGCGUCCCGAGUCACAGCUCACGGCUCUCCCAGCUGGGCUCGGUGUCCCAAGGACCUUACUCCAGCGCCCCGCCGCUGUCCCACACGCCGUCGUCAGAUUUCCAGCCACCCUACUUCCCGCCCCCCUACCAGCCGCUCCCCUACCACCAGAGCCAGGACCCCUACUCCCACGUCAACGACCCCUACUCCCUGAACCCCCUGCACCAGCCCCAGCAGCACCCCUGGGGGCAACGACAGCGGCAAGAAGUGGGUUCAGAAGCCGGCUCUCUCCUGCCCCAGCCUCGGGCCGCCCUGCCCCAGCUCUCGGGCCUCGACCCCCGGAGGGACUACCACUCGGUCCGCCGGCCGGACGUGCUCCUGCACUCAGCGCACCACGGCCUGGACGCGGGCAUGGGUGACAGCCUCUCGCUGCACGGCCUCGGCCACCCCGGGAUGGAAGACGUCCAGUCAGUUGAAGAUGCCAAUAACAGCGGCAUGAAUCUAUUGGACCAGUCUGUCAUAAAAAAAGUUCCGGUUCCUCCCAAAUCUGUGACUUCUCUGAUGAUGAAUAAGGAUGGCUUCCUGGGAGGCAUGUCUGUCAACACCGGUGAGGUGUUUUGCUCGGUCCCCGGCCGUUUGUCUCUGCUCAGUUCAACUUCAAAAUACAAAGUAACUGUGGGGGAAGUUCAGAGACGGCUGUCGCCCCCCGAAUGCCUCAACGCGUCUCUCCUCGGCGGCGUCCUCAGAAGAGCCAAAUCGAAAAAUGGGGGGAGAUCUUUGCGAGAAAGGCUAGAAAAAAUCGGUUUGAAUUUACCCGCGGGCAGGCGCAAGGCAGCAAAUGUCACGUUACUCACCUCCCUGGUGGAAGGAGAGGCUGUUCACUUAGCUCGGGAUUUUGGGUACAUUUGCGAAACGGAGUUUCCUGCCAAAGCUGUUUCUGAGUAUUUGAACCGGCAGCACACGGACCCCAGUGACCUGCACUCCCGGAAGAAUAUGCUGCUGGCCACCAAGCAACUUUGUAAAGAAUUUACGGAUCUGCUGGCUCAGGACCGGACGCCCAUCGGAAACAGCCGGCCCAGCCCCAUCCUGGAGCCGGGGAUCCAGAGCUGCCUCACGCACUUCAGCCUCAUCACGCACGGCUUCGGCGCCCCGGCCAUUUGCGCUGCGCUCACGGCCCUGCAGAACUAUCUCACCGAGGCGCUCAAAGGCAUGGACAAGAUGUUCUUGAACAACACCACCACUAACAGGCACACGUCUGGGGAAGGCCCAGCUUUGCCCGCAUGGUUUAUGAGCUUCUUCAAAGAGGACUUGGGCUUCCUACACAAUCUAUAAGGGCAACGCGCCCCACGCGUGUGACGUGCGAGAGACGCGAUGGACGCGCCUUGCUCUUACUGUGCAGGUCCCGAGAGCGUGGGGGCCACUCGCGCCCAGUCGUGUUGAGGACAUAGAAUCAGCCGCUGGAGGGGCCGCGGGCCGCGCGGGCCCUUCCCGCUCUCGGUCUCACCCUAAGGGCUAAGGCGACCGAGAAAGCCCGGUGCUCCAGUAGGUAAUGGGGCGGCGCCCCGCGGGCUGCAGGCGGGAGGGGUCUCAGCGCUGCCCGAGGCCCUUGCUGCCAGCGGCCGCCCCGGGCGGCUGCUUCCCGAGGGCGAGUUGGCCUAGAAAUGUCCAGGGGAUCGGAAGCUUCCCCCGCCUUUGCCGGUACGAAAUCUCUCCACCCUCAGGCUCCCAAAGGCGGGUGAUGGGGUAGGAAUUGUCUUACUGGGCUACGCAGGCUCCUUCGUCGCCCUUCGCCCUCCUCCGGGCGUUCCUUUGGCGCCCGGGCUAAGCAGAGCGCUUGGCAUCUCUCCCCCGCACCCCGCCUCCACGCAACGUGGAGAGAACCCACUGCC